GUGAAGGAGCGCAGCCCAGCAAGCCCGGGCCCUGAGAACAGCCCCUCAGUGGAACCCAGCAGCACCGCCGCCGCAUCGCCUCACCGGACAUCUCCACCUCCUCUGCCCUCAGCUUCGGCUGGAAGGACCCCCAGCCCCACCAUUCAGCGCGCAAGAUACCCUCCAGAUAUGCCCUGCGUGCAAGCCCAGUAUAGCCCUUCACCUCCAGGUUCCAGUUAUGCGGCGCAGACCUAUGGCUCGGAGUACACCUCGGAGAUCAUGAAUCCCGAUUACACCAAGCUGACCAUGGACCUUGGCAGCACCGAGAUCACAGCCACUGCCACCACGUCCCUGCCCAGCUUCAGCACCUUCAUGGAGAGCUACUCGAGCGGCUACGAACUCAAGCCCUCCUGCCUGUACCAAAUGCAGCCGCCGCGGCCCUUGAUCAAGAUGGAGGAGGGCCGCGCGCACGGCUACCACCAUCACCACCACCACCACCACCACCAUCACCACCAGCAGCAGCAGCAGCAGCCCUCCAUUCCGCCCCCCUCCGGCCCAGAGGACGAGGUGCUCCCCAGCACCUCCAUGUACUUCAAGCAGUCCCCGCCGUCCACGCCCAGCACGCCGGGCUUCCCCCCGCAGACGGGGGCGCUGUGGGACGACGCGCUGCCCUCGGCGCAGGGCUGCCUGGCGCCGGGCCCGCUGCUCGACCCGCCCAUGAAAGCCGUGCCCGCCGUCGCCGGCGCGCGCUUCCCGCUCUUCCACUUCAAGCCCUCGCCGCCGCACCCCGCCGCGGGCAGCCAGGCCGCCGCGCUCGAGGGCCACCCGUACGGGCUGCCGCUGGCCAAGAGGGCGGCCGCGCUGGCCUUCUCGCCGCUCAGCCUCACCGCCUCCCCCGCCGCCUCGGGCCUCCUGGGUGAGAGCCCCAGCCUGCCGUCGCCGCCCAACCGGAGCUCGUCGUCGGGCGAGGGGACGUGCGCCGUGUGCGGAGACAACGCCGCCUGCCAGCACUACGGCGUGCGCACCUGCGAGGGCUGCAAGGGCUUCUUCAAGAGAACGGUGCAGAAAAAUGCAAAAUAUGUUUGCCUGGCAAAUAAAAACUGCCCAGUAGACAAGAGACGUCGAAACCGAUGUCAGUACUGUCGAUUCCAGAAGUGUCUCAGUGUCGGAAUGGUUAAAGAAGUUGUCCGGACAGAUAGUUUAAAAGGGAGGAGAGGUCGGCUGCCUUCCAAACCAAAGAGCCCGUUACAGCAGGAACCGUCUCAGCCCUCCCCACCUUCUCCUCCGAUCUGUAUGAUGAAUGCCCUUGUCCGAGCUUUAACAGACUCAACACCCAGAGAUCUUGAUUAUUCCAGAUACUGUUCCACUGACCAGGCUGCCACAGGCACAGAUGCUGAGCAUGUACAACAAUUCUACAACCUUCUGAUAGCCUCCAUUGACGUAUCCAGAAGCUGGGCAGAAAAGAUUCCAGGAUUCACUGAUCUCCCCAAAGAAGAUCAGACGUUACUUAUAGAAUCAGCCUUUUUGGAGCUGUUUGUUCUUAGACUUUCCAUCAGGUCGAACACUGCUGAAGAUAAGUUCGUGUUCUGCAAUGGACUUGUCCUGCAUCGACUUCAGUGCCUUCGUGGAUUUGGGGAGUGGCUCGACUCCAUUAAAGACUUUUCCUUACAUUUGCAGAGCCUGAACCUUGACAUCCAAGCCUUAGCAUGCCUGUCAGCACUGAGCAUGAUCACAGAACGACAUGGGUUAAAAGAACCAAAGAGAGUGGAGGAGCUAUGCAACAAGAUCACAAGCAGCUUAAAAGACCACCAGAGUAAGGGACAGGCACUGGAGCCCACCGAGCCCAAGGUCCUGCGUGCCUUGGUGGAACUGCGGAGCAUCUGCACCCAGGGUCUCCAGCGCAUCUUCUACCUGAAGCUGGAAGACUUGGUGUCUCCGCCUUCCAUCAUUGACAAGCUCUUCCUGGACACGCUCCCCUUCUGA